UCCGCCCCAACGCGGGUCCAUGGGGACAAGAGGCCCAGGUGGGUAAGAAGCUAGCGCCUGUGCCCAGGAAGCCCGGUCCCCGGGCCAUGGGGGGACAGGUGAGGCUGCCUCCCGGAGAGCCCUGCCAAGAAGGCUAUGUGCUGUCUCUGAUCUGUCCGAACUCCUCCCAGGCUUGGUGUGAGAUCACAAAUGUGUCACAGUUUCGAGCUUCUUCCGUCCUUUACAGAAACCUGAAUUCCAACACAACCAACUGGAGCAUUUCAGCAAAUGUAGAAAACAAAUACAGUCUUUAUGUGGGCUUGGUGUUGGCCAUAUGUUCUAGUAUUUGUAUUGGCUCCAGCUUCAUUUUGAAAAAGAAGGGCCUCUUGCAACUGGCCAACAAGGGUGUUAUUAGAGCAGGACAAGGUGGACAUUCUUACCUCAAGGAAUGGCUGUGGUGGGCAGGAUUACUGUCAAUGGGAGCAGGAGAGGCUGCAAAUUUUGCAGCUUAUGCAUUUGCACCUGCCACCCUGGUCACCCCACUGGGAGCUCUGAGUGUUCUUAUAAGUGCAAUCUUGUCUUCUUAUUUUUUAAAUGAGCAUUUGAACAUUCAUGGGAAAAUGGGCUGCAUAUUAAGUAUAUUGGGGUCAACUGUGAUGGUUAUCCAUGCCCCACAAGAAGAGGAAGUCACUUCUUUGCAUGAAAUGGAAAUGAAAUUGAGAGACCCAGGAUUUAUUUCCUUUGCUGUGAUCAUAACUGUGAUCUCCUUGGUGCUCAUUUUGAUUGUGGCCCCCAAGAAGGGACAGACUAAUAUAUUGGUCUACAUUUCAGUCUGUUCUUUGAUUGGAGCAUUUUCGGUUUCUUCUGUCAAGGGCCUGGGAAUUGCCAUUAAGGAACUAUUAGAAUGGAAGCCAGUUUACAAGAAUCCGCUGGUCUUUGUUUUGCUGGCUGUACUUGUACUUUCAGUGACUACACAGAUUAACUAUCUCAACAAAGCCCUGGACACUUUUAAUACAUCUCUGGUGACCCCCAUCUAUUAUGUGUUCUUCACUUCCAUGGUAGUGACUUGCUCCGCCAUCUUAUUCCAGGAGUGGUAUGGCAUGAACGCUGGAGAUAUCAUUGGGACCCUGAGUGGGUUCUUCACUAUUAUCAAUGGUAUCUUCCUUCUACAUGCUUUUAAAAAUACUGACAUUACGUGGAGUGAACUGACAUCCUCUGCUAAGAAAGAAGUCCUUUCUCCAAAUGGCAACGAGAACAGUUAUGUUUUACUAGAGAACAUAGAAAGUUCAACCCCAGGAUAUGAUGAUGAUGUUACCCUGUUUAGCAGGACUGAAAAUCAAAGUCACCAUAAAACCUGAAUUGUAACCAAUAUUAGACACUCAAAGAAAAGAAAGAAGACUUAUUCUCAAAAGGACUUCUAGGGGAGUUAAUAUUAAAGUUCCAAUACCUUAGAUGUAAGUCCACAUUCCAUCAAAUUUAAAAGUCAAGAUCUGAUAUUCCUCCCAAAGACUUUUCACUUCUGUGAACUUUGAAAUAUCCCUUAAGCCUAAAAGAAGUCAAGGGGUCAUGUUUGUCUCAGAAUAAUCUUUUUUCUUCUGGUCACAAUAGAUUUGGCUCUGCCAGGUGACUCUUCAUUUCUUUGGUUACUACUCUUAGAUUCACAGUAAGUCAUAAAAUUAACUGUGUUCUGAUAAGCAGAGUACCAAUCACCAGACUCUGAUGAAUCAUAAUCUCAAAUUAUUAAAACUGAGAGGAGAGAACUCUGGUGCUCUGACCUCCCUUCUGAAACUGUCUUCUUUUAAAACUAGAUAGCAAAUGGGCAAAGUAUUACAGAAAAAAAGAGGCCUGCUUUGGACUCCUUUCCUACCUAAGCUAAAAUGCACAAGACACCCCCCCAAGAAGAGUUUAUGAAUUGCAAUUUUUUUUCGAAUGUCAUAAGGACUUCAUUACCAUUAAAAAGGGAAGACUGUAGGAAGAAGGAGAAUACUUGAGACCUCUGGUAAAAGAAACACAAUUUUUUUUCUUUUCACAUAAAAACGAAAAUGAUCAUUUCCACAGAUUCUUUUAACAGAGACCCUGAUGACAUAUGACCAAAUAGACUUUCUGGAGAAGUAAAAGUAAAGUCAGCUUUGGAGUGA